AUGCGCGGUUACUGCAUCAACUCGACAAGUUGUCGAAGCACGGAGACCACGCGUGGCACCAAACCCGAUGGCGUGGUCGCGUCCAGCUAUUCGGAGUCGUCGGAGAGCGACGACGACUGGACUGUUGGCGGCAAAGGAGCCGCCAAGGCACGCAAGGGCAAGCUGUCGAAGAACACGGCUCGGAAGAACCGCUCGUCGGGUAGCGAAGCUCAGAACAAGAGCGGCGCGUCGUCCUCGUCCGAGCUCGAGGAAGGCGAAGUCCCGGACUCUGGCGGCGGUUCCUCGGUCCUGGUCGGCGCCAGCGGCAACGACGACGACGAUGACGACGAUUCUGAACAAGAGGAGUUCAACGAAUGCUACGAUGAGGACCGCAUGGGCGCUUGA